AUGAUCCAGAGGGCGAACCAAACCCAACAACAGGCCAAGCUUGUGGAGUCCACCGAUGAGGUUGUACAAUCUCACCUUAGAUCUAUAAACCCUGCUGUCAAGGCACAGAGAUCUAGGGACGCAGAAAAGAAAACUUCUGAAGAGGUACCUCAACAUGGAAUACAUGGAUACAUGGACAACACGCCUUUAGAUGCAAUGCUCUCCGCACUACAAGAACACGAGAACAAUCUCCGAUAUCUCAUGCAUCUACAAACCCAAGCCUGGGCAGAGGCUGCAGCACAACAUGAAGAAACUGGGGCACCCAAAAUGACCCAAGCUAGUUCACAGAGCUACCAAGGAGUAGGACUUCAUCAACAACGCCCACAUCAUUCCAAUAAACCUCUAAAUGCAUUUGCCAAGAGUUUCGAGCCUGGAAAAGGCUUCAUCCCGACAUCGAUGACACAAACCAGUCCCGAAUUACAGCCCACUGAAUCACUCAGCCGACCGAAACUCCCUGAUGCAGGACAGCCUACCAAUACCAGCCCUCCAACGAAGCAGGGUAGUUCGAGUUAUGCCAGCCACGCAGAAUCAAGGGGAGCACCGGAAGCACAAAACAAGAACGAAAAUCAACAACCAGAGAAAUUGAGUGUACCUGCAGAUCGUGUCGGGCCCUCUGACCCAGUACCCGAGACUAUGACAGAGGACGACAGCUUGACUACAACAGGUAAACCAUCCGUUUUGCAAUCUCCUGAUGCUGAAUUUCACUCGUUGAAGAUGGCGGGAGAAGAGGUAUCAAAGGAAAAGUUCAACACGGGACCUGCGCUUCCCCCCGUCAUACUUGUCUCAACUUCCGAUGAGACGCUGAAAAUCUGGCCUAAUGCACCAGCAACCAUAGUUACUUAUACGGAUUCAAGUCGAGAUACACAAACAAUCACCAAUACCACAGAAACAGCAAGACCGUUGGUAUCCACUACCGCCAGCUCGUAUGAGAAGCCGGCCUCCAGCAAGCGCCCCUUAGUUGUUCCUGCGGCCACAGGAAGCCAGACCGAUGCUUUGGGCACUGCAGAUCCAAUGCCAGCCAAGGACGUAGAGCAGACUGAGUCUGACAUCUCGCAAUUAGUCUCACCCGAAGAGAGAGUAAAUAUUGUUCGCCUCAUGUGUCAAGCUAUAUCCGACAAAAUACCACAAAGAUUUGGGACGAUUGGUUCAGCGGACUCACACCCCACUCUACGGGAUGAGAUAGCAGCGAGGCUCUAUGCCUUCUCAAAGCACCUAAGAGAGAGCUCAGAUGACUGGGAGGAAAUCCAAAGCUUGAGAAUUAUCCGAAACCUUAGGUGGGCGAUUGCUAGCCGAUGUCAAGACUUGGUUCUGAACCAAGAUCAUUCGAAGGCAACCACGCAGGCCCGGCCUACCAUUACCACAUUUAAAUCACUGCCAGACCCAAGCAAAGAUGACAUUGUAGAAAGAUACCUCUCAACAAUCGCCCCCUUCUUUACGGCAGAGGUGGAGGAGGACGAGGUCCCCCAUGACGAAGUACCGAGUAAUGUUACCGUUGAAACCGCCUCUCCUGCUUAUAGCGACACGGAGAUCUCGUUAUUAACAUCGUCAGAGGCUAGCGGGGAAGCCGAGGUAGAUAUUGAUGACAGAAACAUCCGGGGCAUCAACCCACGCCGGAUUUUGGAUCGUUUCUCGGUCGAGCCCGCGUUUGAGGCACUGACAUCAGAGAUCGGGCAUCUCAUAGAAAGAUACGACUCUGAUAAGAUGUCUUCCAUUCGUCGGCGUGUCGCUGUAGCUGUUCAGCGCCGCCGACAGCGCCAUGGAAGUCUCCCUGAAGAGGUUGCGGACUGUUAUUCUGCUACUUUCCAUGUUGAAUGGAACUUGAAACAUUAUCUCGAACGGAACUAUGAUGCCGGCACAUCGCAAAUCCUGGAUCGUAUGACUGCUGUGGUAGGGUCAUUGUCAGAGGCACAGUUCUGCACAGUAGGCCAAUAUUUUGAACAAACCUGGCCAGAUAGUCCACAAGAACUGCUCCGUGCAGUACAAAUGUCGUUGGAGACCGGCGACAGAGCGCCUCGUAAGACCAGUAAACACCGCCUUGUUAGAGUAUUUGCUGCUGACAUUGGCGCCGCAGUGUUUGCUGAAAGCUCCGACAUUUCUUUGCCGUUCCAAAUCGCAGCCGACCUCCGUCAUAACACUGUCCAUGUCUUUGGCCACACGGAGAUUAUAAUAACCGUUGCACAGCAGGUAGCUUGGCUAAAUGCCGUAUGGUGUGAGAAGGGAAAUAUAAUCCAAUAUGCGUACACUGCAGUCGCAGAAGUUUCGGGAGUUGCGAACGACGAUAUUUUGGAUUUCGCUGUCACUACCAAACUGGAAGAUCCACCAGCGGAUGAGACCAAAAGUUGUUGGAAUGGUGUAGUUGGGCCGGCGGUAGUGAUAACUGGCUAUCCCACGCAAAAGCGACAACCUUCGCAGCGGGGACUGGAGAUUGAUCCAACCAUUAUGGCACAGCUUCUUGGUAUCCAAUACGCAGUCACUCUUGGAGGCGGCUUUGUUCUCAAGGGCCGCUUUCACGCUUGCGUGCCGGUCAAGAGACUGGAGGACUCGGUGCAGUGGCAUGUGAUCGACACGUAUCCCAAACGACUUCGUUGGCAGGAUAUAGAAGAUCAGUGUCCCGUUCGAGUGAUGCACGAAAAUGAGGAGGAAGAGUUAUGGAACUCUCGGGGCUUCUUCGGCUGGUGUGCCUCUGUCGUCUGUCUGUUGGCUGCGGAAGGACUGCCUACUAAUUAUUUCAGCUAUUCCAACGCCGCAAAGCCUUCAAAACUUCCGGCUGUUCAGCUGAAGAAAAUCACUGCUGGAGUCAGUCGUUUCGGCAUUGCAACUGUUGAGGCUGAGUUGAGCCGGCGCGAUGGUAUAGUUCAUAAUCAGAGAGCUGACACUUACGACGACAUAUUGGACGAUGCACACGGGCUGCCUAUUAUUAUUUAUGGAGUACAAGAUCGAAGAGGGUAUCAGACCGAUGCCGAGGAGAUAAUAUUGGAUGUGCUGGCACGACAACAGAGCAAGGGGGAACCUCUGCAAACGUCAAGCCACCAGCUUCAAUACCCCGAUCGCUCGCGCCGUACAAGGACUGUGCGACAGGCGAUGCUAGCAAACGCUGAUAAGGUCAUCAGGCGUCCGUUUAAAACCGACCGCCCCGGAAAGGAGAACGUUUUGUUCAAGCAGGAUGCCAUAAAGCUGUAUCACUUGCUUGACGCGCUUCAAGAGAGCUUAUACUUUAAGGACGGAAGUUCGUUGGAGUUGAAUCUGCCACAUUCUCCAGAAGCAUCUGGUUGGGAAUAUAUGGAUGUACUGACUUUCGCCUCAAAAUGUUUUCAAAGACGCGUCAAACUUCGGAAAACCUGUGGAGAUUGGCACAAGUAUGCCAAAGGGAUACGCGCGGUGCCGCUGUUCGUCGAGAAUGCCGGAGACCUGAUAUCUCCCGAAGUUCCUAAGGAAAUGUGCCGCACAUACCAGCGCUUGCCGCCCGGCAACUCGUACAUCGCAGUACGCUCAGAAGCACUGUCUGAUCUCUUCCGCAGACAGGGGGGUUUGCAAGACCAAGACAGGCUGACCGACUCUGGAUGUACACUAUUCGGGCCCAAAGAUGUUUUUGGGCCUUGUCCUCGUGCUCACAGACGGCGAAAACAGAACUACCAGUGUCCGUGCCGGAGAAUCCAAAUGGUAGUCGGAAGCCGCUUCGUGAAAUUUUGGAAAUGGCGAGCCAAGAGCCAUUUGAUAGGAAGUCCCAUGGCUGCCAAAGAGCUCAACCACGGGGGUGCUCUCAUCUUCGGCAGCGACGCCGUUCUUAUUGAGAUGUGGAAUCAAGCCGGCCACAUCAAGCCUGACUGGGAUCUGAUCAAUGUUACGGCGAAAGAUACGUCUUCUGCUGGAAUGUCGACUCGGUCUCAAGAAUCAUAUUGUUCAACAGGUCCUGCGCAGUCUUCACCUUGCCACGAAGACGACCCCGACUCUGAUAUAGAUACAAACCCGCAAGAAGUGGCUCAGCCGAGCAUUCUUCCUUCUAUUGUCACUUCGUCGGAAACGUCCCCUCCUAGCGUACGCCGAGAUUUCUACAAGCAGUCGUUGGGAAACAUUUCACUUCCGCUGUGA